UCUAAAACUCACUUUCCCUCGCUAAAAAUGAAAGUUUUAAGGGCUUUGGACCGAUUCGUUGUACCCAAAACCAAGAAAAAUAAAAAGAAAGGAAGGGAAAAGAAGAGGAUGAAUGUGAAUGUGAAUGUGUGCGGGUGAGAAGGGGUGGGGAUGAGAUAUUGAUUCUUUCUUUGGUUUGCUUUCUCCUCUCCUCUCCUUUCCUUUCCUUUCUUGCGGAUUCCGCCUCCCCUCCAACUCUCGCGUUUCUUUCUCAUCGCCAGUCUUUUACUCCCCAUACCUCUCUCUCUCUCUCUCUCUCUCUCUCUCUCUCUCUCUAUGUCAUCUGUCCCUCUUCCUUCGCCACAUCUCUCAUUUCUUCUCUAUAUUUAACCACGCCAUUUGCCCCCCCCCCCCUCUCUCUACUCUAUCAUCAAAUGGCGGUUCAGGCUCAGUACCCAUCUAACGUCCUCCUACCCGACUUCAGAAACAGGAACGGGCAGGAUAGGAAGGAGAUGUAUGGUGUGGUUUUGGGCCCUGAUUAUGCAUUGCCUGGACAGUCAGGGGGAGUGCUUAACCAGUCUCCUGUUUUCAACAAUGCAGGAGUUGGUCCUCCUAUUAUGUAUCAAUCGAGCAACCAAGCACAAGCAGGGCAACAACGAAAACGAGCAAGAGAGACGCCAAACUGUGGUCUAGGACAACAACAAAUGCCCACUGUCAUUAAUUUGGCCGAUCUUCAUCAACAACCCAAUUCGAGUGUAGGGGUCGUCUCCACUGGUUUACGCCUCGCCUUCAAAGACGAGCAACAACCCACCCUCUCUUCUUCUUCUCUCUCUUCUUCUCUCUCCUCUCUAGUUUCAGAAGAGCUCUCUGCCCAGCUUAAGCAACAGAGGGAUGAAAUCGAUCAGUUCCUCAGAGCUCAGGGAGAAGAAUUGAGGCGCGCGCUAGCAGAGAAGAGGCGCAAGCACUGCGUGGCCCUGCUGGGCGCCAUCGAGGAGGGGGUGGCCCGCCGUGUGCGGGAGAAGGAAGCGGAGAUGCAAGAGGCCACCCGUCGCCACGCGGAGCUGGAGGAGCAAGCCACCCAGCUACGCAUCGAGACCGAGCGAUGGCAGUCCAAGGCCCGAGCCCAGGAGGCCGUGGUGGCGACGCUCCAGAUGCGGCUACACCAGGCGCAGGCCCUGGCUCAGGAUCACCGAGGAGGAGGCCACGUUGCCUUCGAGGGGUGUGGCGACAGCGAGGUCGGGGACGCUGAGUCGGCGUUUGUGGACCCACGCGGAGGUCCGUCGAGCGGGGUGGGGUUGUGCAGGGGGUGCGGCAGGGGGGAGGCGCGGGUCGUGUUACUGCCCUGCAGGCACCUCUGCCUCUGCACUGGCUGCGGCGCCGCCGUGGUGGCCUGCCCCCUCUGCAAUGUGCCCAGGAGCCACAGCCUCGAAGUGUUCAUGUCAUGAUCCUUCCAGCCUCUCUCUCUAUCAAUUGGUUUUCUCUCUGUACCAGGUGGGGUGGGGAUCCGUGGUGUUCAUUUGGUGCGUCCCUUUCCCCUCCCCUCUCUUUCUCUCACGUCCGUACGGCACAUUGGUGUCCCAUCUCUCUCUACACUACACAUAUAUGUCCUUUGGGAGGGAGGGCAUUGGGUUCUUUGUUUUUUUUUUUUCUUGAACUCCAAGGUUGGAGCUUCGUGAUCCUGAGCGCGAUGGGUUUUAUUUGUUUAUCCUUGGGCCUGAAAAUUCAGGCGUACCACUUUCUCUCUCCGCACUCUAUUUUCUCUCCCCCCCCAAGUUUCUCAAUCAAUCCAAUCAAAUAUUUGUACUCACUCUCUCUCUCUCUCUUUUGUCUUGCAAGGCCAAGUGUUAGGCUUCCUUCACCUCCCUCUAUGCUUAGGGUGUUUAUUGUUGCUAAGUGCAGAACCCAGACGUACAGUGACCCUGAAAAUGAUUAAUAAUAAAAGAGUACAGUGAAGUUGAAAUUGAGAAGAUCGAGAAGAAAGGGUUAUUUUUUUUUUCUUUUUACCACUGCGUGUAAAUGGAGAGCCCCAAGUAACUUCAGAUUUGUAUAUGAAUCGCUGGGAUUAAACCCUUCUUUUUCUUUU